AUGAGCCUUCAGCUACCCGCCACAACCUACGAACAUAACAAUAUGGUUUCUUCAGAGAACUGUCAGGAACAGCUAGCGUCUUUAUUGAAUCAUCUCGGAGGUCCUUCAAUAUCACCCACAGAUAUCGAGUGGGCUCUGGAUCUUCCAUCUGGAAAGAGAUUAAUUCAGUUCUUCGUGGAUCAGCUUGCGGACGGUGAAGUUGGCUUGGAACACAUUACGGAUUGUGAAGAUGGAAUAUCAAGCACGCAGUACAGAACAUCCUUACAACAUCUUGCUUUAGAAUCCGAGGAGGUACAGAGUCUAAAGCGAGCAUCGUCCAUUGGACUUUGCGAUAACCUUGACUUGGAAAGUGAAAUUAUGUUGCCUGCUCCUCCUGGAUAUCAAACAACUGCAGUUUUAAAGAUCGCGUCAGAGAAGGCAAGAAGUACAUCCAAGGAUCUUCGAGCCAUCAUUAAUCACAAAGAGGACAGCAUAAGGCUUAGACAAGAUUCCAUACAAGAUCUGUCUUUCAGUGCAGAUGGAGUAAGCGCUUCGGCAGUCGAUGCCGCUAUAGGUUUGAUCGAUGUGGUUGACAUUGAUAACAAGAGGGAGCGAAAACUUUCGCGUGAAGCAUUCUCUUCCCUCGAUGACUUAAGAUCGUCACUCGCGUCAAUUUACGACAUUCGUUCCCAAAUAAUUUGCUUGCUCGAAUCAAGGCUACAUGCCAUUAAAACGGUCUAUGGAAAUCUGCCAUCUACGGAACAAGUGAAGCAAGAUGCUGCGAGGCUGCAGCGGAUUUUCAGCGAAAAGGCGCAUAGAGCUAAUACAUGUCCUGUGACUCUGGCAGAAGCAGCCCAGGACGCUGUUUAUAAGCAACAACUGACCUCCGCAGAUGAGAUUUUGAGUGGCGAAUUAAAGACCUCUGUCUUAGAAGUACUGGGCAACUUAGGAACCAGUUUAGAGAGUUCUUGGCCUGAUGGUGAUAAUGGCACUAGCCUAAACAUUGACAUUGAAGCGGAACUAGAGAGUGCGUGGAACAACGAUCAAAUUGAUAUUCUUGAGGCACAUGAGGCACUGUUGAAUGAAGUUGGGACGGAGCUGACGACUCAUCUGCUACCACCAUUAGAGGAUAUUUCAGAGAAUCUGCGUACCCUCAAUGACAUUGCAUAUGAAGCACAAGCCCUCGUUGGAGCACUUGUUGAAGAAUUAGAAGAGAUCGUCGAUGAUUCUCAUAAGGGAAUAGAGAUUCAUAACAAGAUGAGCGAGGACAGGAACGCUGCUGAUGACAAUAGUCAAUCUUUAGAGGUGAAGAUGAUGAACUUACUGAAACGACUGAAAGAUAUAAGAAUCGCGCACUCUCCAUUAAUAUUGCUAACUCGCGAGGAUCUAUCACAAGAACUUCAGAGUUUGGCGCACAAGGCGCAAGAUGUAUCUCGGAAACAACAGGAAUGGGUCAAUUCCCUUCCUAUGAGCCUGGCAGACUUGUGCGGCUACCAGCAUCCGCCUCUCGCUGCAACUUAUAAAUGUUCCCCAAUGAACUCAUCACAUCCUUACUCGCUACCACGCGAGCUCAGGGCAUUGCGGAAUGAUACCUGUGACAAGAGUGAUGCCCUAAGAGCAGACAUAGUAAGACUACAAAGGAUGGAAGACGCUGUAACUAGCUUCAGUCAUGACAUCCUUAUUGAAGAAAAGGCACAAGUGAUGGAAAGCAUCCGAAAGGAAUCUCAGGAUCUGUACAAUCGCCUUCAUUCCAUUGCUGAAGAUGCUACCUUUGUUGAACAAGCUCAAAGAGCAUAUCCCGACCUUCCGCUUUUGCCUAAUCUACGUUGCGGUGCUUGGUAUGCAGACCCGACUACCACUGGCCAUAGUUUCUCGCACUGGGCAUAUUUCAAAUCCACAGACGGGCAUACAGGCAACUGGGGUUUCAAUUUGCGACGGCCUAACUUGCAUAUUCUGCCGCUGUUGGCGCAGCAUCGAGGAAUUGUACUGGUAGACUCAACUAGGGCUGGAAAACGUAUGCCUGAUUCACUAUCAAAGACGGUACCAAUAUGGUUAAAACCGAGUUCGGAGACUGCGAAUUGGAACAAUAAGCUCUAUACACCUCCUGGCGUGGCCUCUUUCUACCGUUUACCGGAGCUCACGCUACCAUUAAGGCCGAUCUGGAUCACACCUUCCACUUCAGUAUUUCCAGAAUUCUUGGAUGUCGGUGACCGGAAAUACAUCCCAGUGAUCUGUCUUUCGGCUUCCAAGCAGAUCUUUGAUGGAAUGGAAAGGCGAGCCCAUGCAUUUACAUAUAUACAAGGCUCAGGAGAUGACCAUGAGCUUUGGGGAAUGGGUUUGACACCAGAUCUAUUCUGGCAGAAUCGGGAGAAAAUCUUGAACGAGAGCCGAGAAGGGCUCCCAGUGCUCGUUCGUUCUAUAGUAUCUGCUUCGAGAGAAGAGCUUGUCCCCACAGGUUGUGACAACCUUCGUACCCCUAUCACACAAGUCAGCGGCUUGAUCAUGCUUUGUUCAAACUCGGAAUGCUCGAACUCUUCGAAUCAUAAAAUACCAUCCCGCGCUCAAGGUGACGCUGACAUCGCUCAUCUCCAGCUGAGCUCCUUGGAAUUUCCCCCUAUUUCAGUUCCUGAUAAGCCUGCAGCGCCCUACAUACUUCAGAUCGUCACACCCUUUGGGAAGAAGGGACAGAUACACUAUCUGCAGGUCGUUCUGCCACGAUCUAUGAUUUUCAUUGAAUCUCACAUCAAGAGUGG